AACUCCAGACUUCAAAGCAGGAGAAAGUUCAAAGCUGCUCUGCAUUUUAUCAACACAGAGAGACAGGAGAGCAAUGCUUCCAAAAGGGAAUAUUCUGAUUUAAUAGUCCAUGAAAAAACAAGUCUGAAGUAAACAAUUUUCUACAAAUUACAAGGGUUAUUUUUAACCAGCCCUUCUGACUGACAAGAAAGUGGAAAAUGACAACGCAAGUUACCGUAGCAAGAGCAGGUACGAUUGGACACGAAGAAUAUAGCCUGUAUAGCAGCAUGAGUGAGGAUGAACUUAUUCAGAUGGCCAUUGAGCAGAGUUUGACAGAAGAUCCUGCUGAGCAAAUAGCUGCACAGAAAACAGUUACUGCAGCUCCACCUCCCAGUGAACCUUACUGUCAGAACUUCUACCUUUAUCCUUGGGAAAGGCGUGCUGCUCAGUCCGGAGGCCAGACUUCAGCAUCCGGUUCAGGAGUCAGGCGGAGGUACGAUGGCAGCUUCUUCAUCUUACCCCAGGCUGAAGUGCUGGAUCCUGUGGUGUUGGUGAUCAAGGAAGGAGAUGAAACAGCACUGCAGAACAUGAUACAGACAGGAAAAAACCUUGCACAGCCUAACAAAGAUGGAUGGUUGCCACUCCAUGAAGCUGCUUAUUAUGGACAAGAGGGCUGCUUGAAACUGCUGCAUAGAUCUUUCCCUGGGACAAUUGAUCAACGUACACUUCAGGAAGAAACAGCACUCUAUUUAGCAACAAACAGAGGGAAUAUUGAUUGCAUGCAUUCAUUGCUUCAGGCUGGAGCAGAACCUGAUAUUGCAAACAAAGCUAGGGAAACCCCACUUUAUAAAGCCUGUGAACGGAAAAAUCCUGAAGCUGUGCAGAUGCUAUUGCAGUACAAUGCUGAUGUGAACCAUCGCUGCAAUCGCGGAUGGACGGCUCUUCAUGAAGCUGUUGCUCGAAAUGAUUUAGAAAUAAUAGAACUUUUAAUUCAAGGAGGUGCCAAGAUUGAAUCUGCAAACUGUUAUGGAAUUACCUCUUUAUUUGUAGCAGCUGAAAGUGGCCACUUAGAAGCCUUGAGAUACCUGGCGAAAUGUGGUGCUGAUAUCAAUACCCAAGCUAGUGAUAAAGCUUCAGCUCUCUAUGAAGCUUCUAAAAAUGGACAUGAGAAGAUUGUGGAAUUUCUCUUGACUCAAGGUGCUGAUGCUAACAAAACCAAUAAGGAUGGGUUCUUACCAAUUCACAUGGCCUCCAAAAAAGGCUAUUAUGAGAUUGUGAAAAUGCUGCUGCCAGUAACAAGUCGUACUCGCAUCAAGCGCAGUGGCAUCAGCCCUCUGCAUUUGGCAGCUGAGCGCAACCAUGAUGAUGUCUUGGAAGAGCUCAUUGAUGCUGGCUUUGAUGUGAAUGCCACCCUUUCUUUUGAGCGCUCCCGACUCUAUGAGGACAGGCGCACCAGUAUCCUGUAUUUUGCAGUCUUCAACAACAACGUAUAUGCCACUGAGCUGCUGCUUGAGGCUGGGGCUGAUCCUAAUGUUGACCUUAUCAAUCCAUUGCUCAUCUCCAUCCGCCAUGGCUGUUUGAAGACAAUGAAACUGCUUCUUGAUUAUGGAGCUAACAUUAAUGCCUACGUUGCCUCUCACCCUACAACUUUCCCUGCUACUGUAAUGUUUUCAAUGAAGUAUCUUGCUCUGCUGAAAUUUGUGAUGGAUAUGGGCUGUGAUGCCAACUCUUGCUUUACGUGUUGUUAUGGGUGUGGCCCACAUCCUCCUAUUGAUAUUAGGAGGGACAGGUAUAGUGAUCCUGCAGUGAAUAACAAUAACAAAAUUGUACAGUUUUGUGAAAUGGUUUCAACCCCAGAGAUGAGUCGUUGGGCAGGCCCUAUUAUAGAUGUUCUUUUGGAUUAUGUGGGAAAUGUGCAACUUUGUUCCCGGUUGAAGGAACACAUUGACAGUUAUGAAGAUUGGUCCAAUAUUAAAGUCAAAGCAGAGCCACCAAGGCCACUUGCACACCUUUGUCGAAUCAAAAUUCGAAUUGUGAUUGGGAAAAACCGUCUUUCACUUAUUGAGGCUUUACCUCUGCCAAGAAGACUAAUUCGCUAUUUACAAUAUGAUUUUACCCAGUGAUCUCAGGUGAACCUGACAUUCAAAUAUUAUAUGGAAUGACAAUCAUAUGUAUUAUAGGGCAAGCUGUCAUGAUGGAAACAGACUGAUAUGAUGGAACAGAAAACUUGUUUUGGUAUGUAAGAAGAAAAAAAUAAGGAUUCCUACAAGUUAAAUCUCAGAACAAAUGCAACAGCAUUUAGGGUAUGGGAAAUAGCUGAAAAAAUGAGAACAAAGCAGUCAGCAAAUAGUGAAGGGGAUAUUAUGCUAUCUUGCAAGGAAAAACACUCUCAGUAGCUCAACAUUUAGUACAACCCUUUACAAAAUGCAGGCAGAGUAAAAUGUAGAUUGUAUUCUACCAAUAAAUAUUCAGGUGAUCUGCAUGUCACCAAGAACUUCCAAUUCUCACUGGUUUAAUAAUGAUGACAGAAAACCUUUUUUCCUCCUUAAUUAAACUGUUAAAUAAAUGUUUAAAAGCUUGGAAGAAAAUAGGAGGUUUUUAUGAUGUGAAAGAACAUAUGCACAAACUCCAGUUCUACUACCAAAAAGAAAUUCCUGAUCUGGGCAUGUGUCCAGUAGUUCUAAAUCUGCCUUCUUGAGCUGUUACUUUGUACUUGAUUCUGGUUGAUGGACCUCACAGUUCUAGUGAAAAAUAAACAUGCAUAUUGUAA